AUCACGCAAACAGUACACAAGUUAAGUCACAUAUGAAUGUGGGGUUUUCACUUAAUCUGUUAUCCAUAACUCAGACUUAUAUAGCGUCGGAGUCCCGUGGUGGUUUAUUUUUAACUCUUUUUAACUAAACAUCGGGCCUGUUUAGCACAGAUUUACGUUUUCAAUAAUACUUUUCAAUUAUUCGUCAUUAUUACUUAGUAAUGGUCAUGGGUUUUUAAUGGCAAUUUAGUGCAGCUAACCAUCUGCUUUGGGAUUGUUUCUUCUGGUAAAAUUGGGUCGUUUAGUGCCAUCCGAGGCGUUUUACCUGCAUAAGUCGGCCAGUGGGCAAAGAGACAAGAAGCCUUAUCGUGAGAACGUGAACGGUUUAUUAUCAGCAAAUUGAUAAAAACAGUUGAUUGCGUCCUUGGAACAUUCAACUACCGUUAAGUGUUGAGCAUCCACUUGCUCAUUAUCUGUUUUUUUAACAAUUAAGAUGAGCAUAAACUUGAACAGUGUCGCAGUGCAUUUAUGCAGCCAACUACUACGCAGUAAAAAUUUGCUGGGAAGUUCUGUUAGACGGUUUUCCCUCACAAGCAAAAGUAACAUGAGGUACGUGCAAUACAAGAACAAGAAUGGCGGAAAUCAGUAUCUGGGAGCUCAAUUGUCCAUAGGAGGAGACAUUGUGGAUAUCAGCUCGGUCGAUUCGUCUAUACCCAAUAAUUUGGUGGAAUUCCUAAAACUGGGACAGUCUACCUAUGAAAAAGCCCGAAGGAUAAUCGCGGAUAGCAAAUCGAUAACGCCCAUCGCAGACGCAAUUUUCCUGCCGCCUGUGACCAAUGGCGAUAAAGUGGUUUGUGUUGGGCUUAACUACAAGGGUCACUGCGAUGAACAAAAACUCGCCUAUCCAAAGGAGCCGAUGUUUUUCAGCAAAUUCUCGUCGGUUGUUGUUGGCCCAUUCGACAAUGUGAUCAUCCCGCCCAUUACCAAUCAAGUUGAUUGGGAAGUGGAACUGGCAGUAGUGAUUGGCCGGCAAGCCAAAGCAAUCAGGCCCGAUCAAGUGCAGGAUCACAUUUUCGGAUACACAGUGGCCCAAGAUAUUAGCGCGAGAGACUGGCAAAAGUCGAGAAACAAUGGACAGUUUCUACUGGGGAAGUCGAUGGACACUUUUUGUCCGUUGGGGCCUGCAGUGGUGACGCGAAGUAAAGUCGACCCCAGUGAUUUGGCCAUUAAAAGCUGGGUGAAUGGGGUUUUGAAGCAAAGUGGCAACACUUCAGAGCUGAUUUUUAAAAUCGACUUUUUGGUUUCGUACUUAUCGCAAAUUGUCACUUUGUAUCCUGGCGAUAUUAUUCUAACAGGAACGCCAGCUGGUGUAGGCGUGCAUAGAAACCCGCAGGAAUUCCUAAAACCUGGAGAUGUCCUGGAAAGCGAAAUCGAAGGAAUUGGUAGGCUUAAAAAUACGAUAUCUGGAUGAGAUUUAUCGUUUUUGCUUCAGCAAUAAAUAUCCAUUGUUUUCCAA